GUACUUUCUGCAGUAUUACGCUGCCUUUAACAGAAAGGCUGUUGGGCUUGUCUGCAGCCUCACUGGUGUUCAAAGACGAAGCCAGCUUGUUUUCCUACAUCCUAUCCUUAUUUGGUGAGCGGAGCCUCAGAAGAGAAGGACAGACGGGACUUGUUUCUGGAAGCCAAAAUGAAUACAGCCAACAUUACUAAACUGGAUAAGAAAGAAUCUGUAGAUACAUUCCUGACUGCUCUCUACAUCUUGGUUUUUGUUGUUGGAUUGGUCCUGAAUUUAUGUGGAAUGAAGUGUUUGGUGCACAACUGGAAGAAACUUAGGAUUAUUAACAUCCUUGUUCUUAACCUUGGAGUAGCAGACAUGUUGUAUCUGCUAACUCACCCCUUUCUGAUUGUGUACUACAUUAACAAGAAUAAAUGGACCUUUGGAGACGGAUUCUGCAAGGUAACAAGAUUCUGCUUCAACUUGAAUUUAUACGGCAGCAUUGGAUUCCUCACAUGUAUCAGUGUGUACCGGUACCUGUCCAUCGUCCAUCCAGUCAAAGUGAUGGGGAGAUUAACUAUGACUCACUCUGUGGUCAUCUCUGUUGUGAUGUGGAUUCUGGCGAGUGUCAUAAGUUUUCCAGAUAUGUCAUUCCCCAAACAUUCAGUGAACUCUGGAGCGUGUUAUGAUACAACUGAUUGGGAAAAUGUUGAGGAGUACCUGGACUACAGCCUCUGCUGGACGUUCAUCGGAUUCUGCAUCCCUUUCAUCGUCAUUGUGGGCUGCUAUGGACAUGUGAUUGUUGUUGUCUGCCGCUCAAAUAUGAUGAAAAAGAACCAGAAACAGCAAAUCUUAAAGCUGUUGGUUUUUUUGAUUCUUAUAUUCUCUUUUUGUUAUGCACCCUUCCAUGUUUUCAAGAACCUCAAUCUGUAUUCCAGGGUUCUGACUAAGUGGGACAAACGUACCACGUGGAACAAUGUAGUCUUGAAAUCGCGUCAUAUAAGUUUUGGUCUUGUGAGCCUGAAUAGUGCUGUUAACCCACUGGUUUAUCUGUGUGUUUCUGAGGAUGUGGGUGCUCAGGUCAGGCAGCUGCUGCAACAGAUGUUCAGUUGUUUCAAGCUGAAAUCCAGCUCUGAGUCAGUACCACAGACUGAGAAAGAAGCUGAAAGUGCUUUAUGAUUUACUUCUUUUUAAACUGAGUGAAAUUUUUUGGUCCAUUCUCUAUGCUUUUAUUUUGUUAACUUGUUUACUUUCAGAGAUUCUAGAAAAUUAAGAAUUAAAUAAGAAAUUAAGCGAAACUAUUCUCCCUUGCAAAUGAGUUUCACCUGAGAGGACAGGAGUUGAACCUACUUGUUUAGGAGUCAAAAUUAAAAUGAAUAAAACCAGCUGUGCAUUAGAUAAUAAAUUAUCUGAACAAAGUACUGCCUGCUUUUUACUUUUUGGUAUGUAUUGUUUGUAGCUAACAGAUGGGGAAAGCAUUUACUGCACAACUUUCUACUUAUUUACAGAUAGUUUGCCAAAAUAAGACAGUUUUAUCAUGACUGCAACUUCAAAAAAUAAAAAAAAGUUCAUUUUUAAAAAUAUAAUAAGGCAGUUGUAACAAACACAGUACUAUUAUUGAAUUUGUCUUGUUUAAAGUGUAUUCAUUUAGAGUUAGCAUUAUCUACAGUUAAAUGUGAUUAAAUAAGGAUGUCAGCUGCAUGAGGCAUUAACAAAGACAAACAUGUUCUUCAGUACUAAACACUUGAUUGUGGGAAACAUUAUAGUCAAUAGUUAAGAUGUUACGUUAACAUACUUUAGCUUUCAGCCUCAGCUGGACGUUCUUUGGAUUCUGCAUCCCUUUCGCCAUCAUUGUGGGCUGCUAUGGACACGUGACUCUUAUCUGCCGCUCAGAUACGAUGAAAAAUGUCUCAAAGCAACAAAUUUUUAAGCUGAUGGUUUUUUUUCCCCUCUCUCUUUGUUAUGUACCUUACCAUGUUUUCAAGAACUUCAAUCUGUUCAGGCUGCUGCUGCAGGGAUGUCGACAGAUUUUCAGUCAGUCGUUCAACCUGAAAUCCAGCUUUGAGGCUGGACCACAGACUGAGCAAAAAGUUUAUGACAGCAGGUAGUUUUCUGUGAAACUGACCAUGUUUCUGUUUCAUUUCUACAUGUCGACUCUUGUUGAAAUCAAGGUAAAGUAGUUCUAGUUUACCGUAUCGUCGUUCUGUACGGGAAUAACAGAUUAUGUGUUCUCGUAAUACAUGAUCUGUUUUACACACACAUGCACACCCACACAUAUCAGUUGUCCUGCUCAGCUGCUCUGACGUCGCUACCUGGAAUUGACUUUGCUGAGCCAGGAUGUUUGAGCUGUCACAGUUCUUAGGUAUUUACCUUUUGUUUUCAGUAGAAGUAGGUAGUAUCUAAUAACUUUUACUUUGUUCCAUUUACUUCGGUAACAAUUUGGAAAAAUACUUUUUACUUUUGCUUGAAUAAUACUACUAUGAAGUAGCACUCGUCUUACUUGAGUAAAACUUUUCUGAGAUAUUGUAGCG